AUGGCUAAACUGCAGUACUUUCUUGUAUGCAGACUUGACAUCUCUGGUUGGCGCACGUUAAGAUACAUGUUUGCAGGAGUGGUCAUCCUACAGGGGAUGCAAAAGAACCUGCCCCAGGGUUGUACUAAACGCUUCAAUCCAAUUAUGUGCUUUUUCCCUCAGAGAUUAAUUGCUAGCGUCAGGACUCCACUUUUUCUUGUCAAUACAGCUUAUGAUACAUGGCAGGUCCAGGUCAGCUUAGCUCCAGCCUCAGCUGAUCAUCAUGGACAUUGGAUUGGGUGCAGAAAAAACCAUGCACGUUGCACUGGAACACAAAUUGGUUUUCUUCAAGGUGAUUAUUACUGUCCCUUCAAAUGA